UCCAUUCUCUAUAUAAUUGCCGCAGCUGUGUUUAAAAGGUGCCCGCUGUCUGCCCUGAAGCCCUUCCAAGGAGAGAUGACAGUCCAGUCCAAUCACGACUCUGAUCACCUGUCACUUUAAUGAACUUAGAUUUGCUUGGACUUUUCUACCUUAUUUCAUCCCAGUCUGCUUGCUUUCCCGCAGCGAGCGGUGGAUUGCCUUGAUUUCGAGCAGUCAGGGUUUUAGCAGAUCUUCAGAUUGCAGACGGCUUGCUGAUGACCAAUAGGUAAUAGUAAAUUCGGUUAUAGUAAUUUCUGGCUGUCUGGGGUGGACGUGUUGUGUUGCCUACUCGCCUUGCGCGCACUUCCACUCCUCAUCUCUCUAUCCGCGUCUCUAAACCUUUACGCACCAUCAAUCGUGUCUCCCUCUUUUUGUUCCGAGGGUUGUUCUAAGUUUCAGAAGAGACAGAUAUCCAGUGAGAGGUCGGGUUUAUUGUGGGGAGAGAACCUCAUAUUUGGUGGAGGAGCUCUUUCUCCCCCCCCACCACCCCCCUUGAAGUCGGAAGAGCGGCUUCGCCCGGAGUGAUGGGCUAUUUCUUUAAAUUAUAAAGUCUGAGAAAUGUCUCUUUCUGUGGAGGACAACGCCAGCUCCGCUGCCAUAAUGCACGGGCAAAAACAAGCGAAUGUUUCCAUCCUCAUGACAUCUGGAGCCGCCAGGACCCAAAGAUCUCAGAGUGCUUAAUGCCAUUAAUGUCUAUUGGCAUUAACACCCACCACUAAGGAGCCUGUUCCUCCCACAACUCUUCCGUCUCUUCCGGCUGCUGAGAAGGUUCGUUGUCUCGCAUUUUGAUCCCAGUUCCAAUGGAGAACCUCAGCGAACUGCAGAACCCGUUGCUGGACAAAAACAGUAAGCACAUGGUCAAUGGUUACGGAGGAGAAUUCCCCAAUAACCAAUACCAAGAAAACAUUAUUAACUACUUUGCUGGAGGAGGAGGAGGAGGUCCAGGUGGAGGUGAGGGCGGUGAAGGAGGAGGAAAGGUAAAUAAUGGGAAUGUAGUCAGUGGAGGAAGUUACAGCACCAAUGGGAAGGUGAAGUCGCAGCAGUUUCUGGACGCCACCUCUCUGCAUCUGGCGGUGGAGGCUUUCUACAGGCCUAACUUCAUCCUGUACAAGGAGGACAGCGGAAGCAUCAAGGCUAAGGAAUACAAAAGUGAGUGCUGUGAGACCACCUUUACCGAGAAGAAGGCAAAGGAGGUGUCCAACACAGCGGGAGGGGACACGCCCGGCGCAGAGGACCCUCAGUCCAAGCUGCUUGAAGAUGGCGAACAUGUCAAGAUUCAAACCGUUUCUUACGAGGUGGAGGAGGAGGAAUAUGUGGAGUAUGAGACGGACUGCUCCAGUGACAGUGAGAGCGAAGAUAACUUCAUAGUUGUCCCACCACGAGACCACCUUGGCCUGGCUAUUUUCUCCAUGCUCUGCUGUUUCUGGCCUUUGGGGAUAGCAGCCUUUUACUUCUCACAGGGGACCACCAAGGCGGUGAACAAAGGAGACUUCCCACUGGCCAACAUCGCCUCCCGGAGGGCUUUGUUCCUCGCUGCCCUAGCCAUCACUAUAGGCACCGGUGUUUAUGUAGGAGUGGUGGUAGCUCUCAUUGCCUACCUCUCUAAACCAGGACACAUAUAGCAGAAGCACCCUGUUUUCCAUCACCUCCUGGGAGCCUGGGAAAAGAACAAACCCCCUCUGGGGAGACAGAAUUGCACCUGCAGACUUUGAGGAAACUUUUAUGUGGAUGUACAGUUGUUUUUUUCUGUCUUUUUUUUCCAUCCACCUUUCUCUCUUUUCUGCCUCCUCCUGCAAAAUACCCUCUGGUGUCCAGGACAAGCCACAGUGACUAGAGACAGAUCAAGCUUCAGGGGAAUGAUGGGGGCACAGGGGUAAAAAGGGAACUUUGACUUAUUUGGCUGUUUUUAACUCCACGGAUGUGAUGACAAAAUUUCCCGUGAGCUUUGUUUGCGUUCGGUUGACUUGAUCCUUGUUUGCUUUGACUGGAUUUUAUCUUCCCAGUUACCUAAACUGAGCUCCAAAGGAGAAAAUAGAGAAUAUCGUUCAGAAAUCAAGUAACUGACUAUCAUCGUUAAAGACGGUUAAGAAAUAAUGUGCUCAUUUAAACCAACUCUGUAUUUAUUACAGCUAAUGUUAUAUCUCAAACUUCUUGGGCAGACUUGUCUUGCAGGUAUGCCAGCUAUGAAUGCACCCUUGUCUUUGACUCAUCAACUUAAACUAUUGGUAUUUGUACUGAACUGACUUCCUCACAAACUAGGAAUAAGAUUAAGCAUAAAUGCAUAAUGUCCAAAUAAUGUUGAGAAAGAUCCUUUAAUUUUUUUCUCCUUUUGUCAUGUCCCAACACAAACUUCAUUGUAAUUUGUUGUUGUUUCAUGUGUAGACCAACACAAAGAAGUGUAUUUUGUAUCAACUGAACUGUUUUAUGCAAUAACCUUCUGAAUUUAGGACUGACUGCAUGGUUGGGGUAAUUGUACUGCUGAAGGUGGACAUCUACCCCAGUCUCAAGAGUUUUGGUGUAUUUAGCUUUUCCCCAGAGUACAAUGCUACCACCACUAUUCAAGGUGGGGAUGGCAUGUCCAGAGUGUUUUGCAAUGCUAGUUUUCUGCCAACAUGAUUAAAUAUGCUCUCCUCUGGCCAGAGGACCUUCUAAUACAUGUCUGCUGUUAUCCCACGUAGAUUUUGGCAAACUGCUAAUGGAAAAAUGACAUUUUAGCAAUGGUUUUCUUCUUGUCUCUUUUACAAAAUGAAUGGAUUUCUAAAGUGGAGUGCACAAUUAAUAGUUGUCUUCUUAACAGAAACCAACACCUGACCUAUGGACCUCUGUAGCUUCUGCAUAGGGCUCUUGGAGGACAUCAAUGGCUAUUUAGUUGUGCUAUACUCUACAUUUUUGGAUGAGUUUAAAAAAUAUAUCAUGUCCAAUGUUGAAAACUUGGGACUUUGUCUGAAAAGCUACCCCUACUUUUGUCUCUAGAUCCUGCUAAUUUUCUAGAGUUCUAGAGCAGUUGUAGGCAAAAGGUUGUACUACUUUUUAUUUAUGUAUAUCACAGGAAACGGUACUGACCGCAAAGAUACUAGACCACUUACUGAAUUUUAUUUGUAAGAAAAAAACAUGUGUCAUUUCCUUUUUACUUUAUUCUUAUGUGCUAAUUUACGUUGGUCAUACAAAAUCCCAAUGAAAUACAAUGAUGUUUGUGUUUUGUGAAAUGACAAAAUGUAAAAAAGCUAGAUGGUUGCUACUUCAAGAGACUUUGGAGUAGAAGAUGUUGAUAGAGGCUUUCUUCUCUUUAAAGUGUUAAAUUGACAUAUGUCACAAAAAUACAUAUCGGUGCCUCAGUCCUGUAUGUUUCCGCAGAGAAAGUGUCCAAACACCACAUGCACAUCUGAUGGAAGACCAAAUCUUGGUGUCUCCUGUGGUUAUGAAGGAGUCCUUACUAAUCUCACUUUAAAGAAUGUAAGUAGCACAGAUUUGAGUUAUUCAGAUGGUCUGAGAUUUACUCCCAAUAGUCUCUAGGGACCAAAAUAAAAUAUUUAAAAUUACCCAUGCACAGCUGACAGGAAGGUUAUAAAUCAUGUAGAUAAUCUCAUUUAAAAGAAUGCCUUACAUAUUUUUCAUGAAUAAAUGGAAAAAUGCCAUCUGACAGCGUUGAAUUUUGCUCUAAUCUGCUAUUCCGUGCAUGAGUCCUGCUAUACCGGCAGUAUACUGCAAUGCAUGAUUGGUUGGACAGUAUAACUUGUUUUUCUAUGUGAAAUAAAAGUUUUAACAGCUGUAGAACAGACCACACUUGCACAACUCUUGAAUCUAAAUUCCACUCUUCAGCUAGUAACAAAAGAAAAUCUGAAAACAUAGUUUUAGGCCAUUAAUGAGUGAGAUCCGAUUGAGGCUUCAUCAUUUUUCUGUCAGUCCUUCAAUUACUCUCAUGGAUACUCAAAAAAAAAAUCUGGAAAC